AUGAACAUGGCUGCCGCGUCAUGAAUGAACUUCGAGAGGUUACUGGUGAUACUUUCUCCAAUUUCAUCUCGAUGUGUGGGACACAAAUAUGUUCCAUAAAGGGAGAGCCCAUCCGGAUAUCAAGAAAACUACGCAAAGAUUUAUAGAUCCCAAAAAGGAAAGCCAAAGUCGGCUACGGGCUUUACGAACUCUGUUAGAUUACUUUGAUCCGUCUGACUCGAGGAUAUUUUUCAAAAGCCAUUACUCGGAAAUAUUCUACGUAUUUCACGAUGUAUUUUCCAUGGUUGAGACGAACCUCAAGACUAAAGGCCACAAAUCGCAAGCGGGAGACCUCGAUUCGGUUCUCUUCAUUUUAGAGAGAAUAUUGCGCUAUCUUCCCGAGUUAAUCCAAAAGCGAUGGCAGUUCAACAGUAUUGCACGUGUAAUGCGAAAGCUUCUUCAUCGUGGAAAUGUCCUAAAGCUACGGCGGGAGGGUGUUCGUCUGUUCAUGCUGUGGUUCCAAGCAUUACAGGACAACUCAGAUGAAUUGUGUCAGCUUAUCUAUGCAUGUUUGAUUCCUGGUUUUCCAAAUCCUGUCGAUAGUCUUGACUGGAGCAAGAACAAGCUAUCCAAAGCUUGUGCUGAGGAAAUAUAUCUGUCAAUUGGUGACAUGGCAUCCAGGGAUCUGCUUUCUUCAACUAGCAACAUGCAUUUGUUAUCUGCUGAUGGAGAGAGUGAAGACUGGUGCUUCUCAGAUGAGGUAGGACCAGUCCUUCCAGCAAAUCCAAGUGAAAGGAUACUUCCACCAGAGACACUGACAAAGUUCUUCCUGGACAGAGUGUUGGACUGUAUGAGUACACAGCUUGUCCAGAUUGAGUGGACCGACAGGAGAAGCAGGGAGCAUGCAUUCUAUUUCUUGUUUGAAAACUUCAAAAGAUUCUAUCUGCCACACAUCUUUCAGGACUGGAAUCCUUCAAGAUUGCUCUACCAAUCCAACCCUGCUGCACAAGUUCCUUGCAGUAGACCUAAGAAGAGUGAGUCUAAAAUGUCGAUGACCAGUGCAAGGGACUCAGUUUUACGAUGGUUUGUGGCCUUCACAGUCAGAUUUAAGAGAAGUAACAGCACCUCAGAAUCAUUGUUAGCUGUCAAUCAAUCAGAAGUGUCAUCAACAUCAACAGAGAGUAUUGAGCCAGGCUCCCCUGAUUCAGUCAAAUUCAGUCUAGCACGUAACAGAGAAUACUUACAGGAUGCUAGUGAAGUGAUAAGAAAGGUUUUGUACUCCACCAAGGCAAACAUCAGGCUUCUUCAUGAGGUCUUGCGUCAGGCAUUUCGUCUCCCAGCCAAACAUUUAAGCACCAUCAGGCAGGUCCUGCUGGUGUAUCAUGAGUGGCUUAAGAGUCCUGAAAGACCUAUCUUCAUGCUCGAACCUGAUCAGGGUGUGUUUCCUUCUCUUUCUGUUGAGGAGUCCAAUUACAGUCCACAAAGUCCCAUCAGAACAUUUUCAUAUUCCUAUGCUGUAGAUAAAGAAAGAGAGAGAGCAUUCAGACUUCCUUGUGAAGAUGUAAGAGCUGGUCUUCAGGCAAAUCUAAGGCUUUUUAUUCUACAUGCAGCUGCAGUGUUCCUUGUAGAAGAUGAAAAGGAAUAUUUGGAUAAACAGGUUGAUGUUUGCAAACGAGUGGUCCAUCUCUAUCGAAGCAUUGUUCUAGAAGUUCCAAUGGAAUCAACCACUUGGGAACAGAUGCUGGAAGCUCUACUUGAAGCUUCAAGACAUCUACUGGUACCUGAUAAAUCCCAGAACAAAGCUAGGGAAAUAGCUAGACAAACAGCUGGGAGUUUACUUCAGACUCUAUUUGUGACAUGGAUUCGAGCAAAUCUUAAAGUGAAUGUUCCUAUUUACUUAUGGGAUAAGUGUUUAGAAGUUAUUUCAUCUGCAACUCACUGGGAGGAGAUAAUUUCUGAAUGGAGUGUGACAAUGGAAACUUUAACCAGAGUGAUGGCUAGGACAGUAUAUGGUUUGGACAUGGCAGAUCUUCCUCUGGAAAGACUAACUGAGCAGAAACGUAAAAGACGACCAAACCUACAACAGGAAAGGCUUCAGUUUACCAAGUCGUCUUUCUCAAGAUGGAGUCGAUUGGAAAAAUCCAAUGGUCCUAAGCAAAUUAUGCCCCAAGUUGAUAAAACUAUACAUAGUGAAAAGCAUGAACAAUCCAUGUCACCAAAGACACAAAGGCCUUUCGUAUCAAGUCAAGAAGGUGGCCAAGUUUCGUCAAGCAGCUCUCCUAAACAUCCAGAAGUUAAGGUGUUUCCAACAGCCAACAGUACUUUUUUUCCCUCAAGUACAGCAGAGGAUAAGGUGUCUCCCUUUAGAAAAGUUGCUUCCUCUCCCGUUUUUACUGCAGGUACAGUAACAAGAAAAGACACUGAAGCUGCGGGCCAGCUUCAGCCUUCAAAAGAUGCCAACAAAGAAAGCAAAGAAAGUUCUACUGAGGAACCCAAAGUGGGCUUCACCCUUGCAAGUGAUACAGACAGCGUGGAAAGCCUUGACAUGCCGUCUAGAGCUGAUGAGGACGCUGGUGCUAUGGCUAAUGAAGAUUCUGAAAAUAUGCCAGAUGGAAGAUUUAGACAACGUUUGAAUCGUUUAAGUAGCAGUGACAGUUACUUGUCAAGCCAAGACAACAUGAAAUCCAUGGCCUGGUACGGCAGUAGUCUCGACUUCGACGUGAGUCCAUGUUCCAAGUAUGCACCUGGCUCUGAAUCACCAAAGAUGCUGGGAAAGAUCGAUGAAUCAAGUCUGGAGUCCAAAUUAGAGGACUUGCAACUCAGUCAGCAUCGACCAGUGUACAGGACAUCUACUCCUUCCCGCGAUGCAAGACUGGGUGAAGGUGAGGAAGGUGUCCUGCAGCCUCUGACUACAGUGAAGGAGGAGUUCAACCAUGAUACCGGGGGCAGGUCCUCUGCAGAAUCAUCUGGAAGAGCAACUCCUGACAUCCUCGCACCAGGCUCUCGUAGCCCCUCCCCUGAGCCCCACCUGGAAGAGACCCAUGAAGGGCUUCUUGAUGACGACUUCGUUGGAGACGACUCUCACGAGGAAGACACCAGUGUGGUGGCGGGAGGGUACAGAGAAGGUUGGGGUCCUGUGGCAGCAGUUGUCCUGUGGCGCAGAAUGCUGGGAAUUCUGGGCAAUGUGAACAAAAUAAAAGACCCUGCAAUCCACGCUAAAGUGUUCGAAUGUCUUACAGCUAUCUGGAAUAUGUUGGCAAAGAUCCGAUUGAAUCAGGGCAUUUCACUGGAUAACAAGUCAACUCCACCCAUUCCUGUGUUGCUUCCACCUUUACAGCACAUGGCUACGUGGGUUUUUGAGGCUGCUUCACUGUCCAUUAACAAUGAAUUUAAAAGCGGUCGUCUUCUCGCCUACAAACUAAUGUGCGCCAUGACUGUCAGCCGUCAAGAUAUGCCGCUGUCACAAGAAUACUUAACGCACUUUUACCGACUAAUGCACAUUGGACUCACGGGAACUGAUCAGAAUGUCACCAGCGCCAUUAUCAGCAGCUGUGCAAAUUUCUUCUCUGUGAUGUUACCAAGCUCCAGUCUUUUGAUUCUUGACUUCAUUCAGGCAACUAAUGGAGUUGUUAAUAGUCAGAACAUGGAGUUACCAAGAGAAGAAGCAGUUACUCUAAUUGGAUCGUUGUUGUGUUUUCCAAACAAUGUUGCUAAUAUGCCCCUACAUCAGCCAGGACAUCAAACGAAUGAGUAUCAGCCAAAAAGUACAUGUAAAGACGUCAAGGAUAAACUUAUCAGCUCGUUGUUACGAGCGUCAAAGUUAGAUCCGUCUUGUUCUGCAAGAUGUAUCGCGCUUAAUGCCCUUGGUGUCUUCAUAGCUGAGGAGCUUAUUCAUUGCCAAGGACAUCCUAAAGUUCAUGAAUGCCUUUGUGUGCUUUUAGCUUCUAUAACUUUUCACAACAGAUCCGUUUGUCACGUGGCUUGCGGUGUGAUUCAUCUGCUAUCUGAGUAUUACAAGGAGCUUGUCGCGUUUGAAAAAGAUCUUCCGCUCAAGAUUGUCGAGGUUCUGUGUCACGCCAUUGUAAAUCUUCUCCCUGGGGGAGAGUCGGCACAAAUUCAGGAACAACAUAAGGUUUUGGCGUCAGUUCUUAUGUGCCUGUUGGAUUGGCUCAUGGUGAUACCAGUCUCAAAGCUGUUGUCUAAAACAAAUGAGGAUGACAAUGUCACUUUACUUGCAAGAGUAUUCCAGGUGUUAAAGAUGGCCGCAGCGAACAAGGGACCAAAGAAACGAACCAAGCAACUGAACAUAUCUACCAUCAUCAGUGGCGACGGCAGACCGAUCAGAUUAGCCCGUAUACAGGAGGAGAACAGAUCAUCCAGCGCUGGGCCGAGCAGCCCGGUGGAUAGUCUGACAGACAUCGGUGGUGACGUACAGGAAGAUGAUCCCGGCGGUCAAGAUAUGUUUGAUUUUCCUCCCAAGUCGGAUUCUGUGGAGCUUACAGCCAAAGCAGUGUUGAUGCAUAUAGUAAACCAUAUAGGACAUUAUCCACUCGGUGCCGGCCCAUCUAGAGUGGACAGUUUAAUCAGCGAACACGAAGAUAAUCCUAAUGUAGACACCGAUGAGCUGUCAGCCAGUAUAUUCAACGCUCCUAAUGUACAGUUUUUCGUGCUCAAUGACAGCGUUUUGAUAUCUUUGGUGGAGCUUCCUCUUGAGGAUUCAGUCGCUCAGGAAGUUCCCGCGAGCACCGCAGCCACUCAAGUUCGUGUGAUCACGCGUGACAUGACAGGGAAAAACGUUUGGGACUACACUUUGUUACACGGAUCUUUACAAGGGGAAAAUGAAGAUUACCAGGCUAGCGUUAAAACACCCGACCUAAGUGAUGAUAUUCCAACGCAAGAAGAUGGAAGCCGGGAAGGAUCCGACGUUUCAUAUCAUCCGCUUUCUAAAUUCAAGAAGUGUUCGACUCCUGUUGCUGAAGAUAGACUUGAUGAUUUGUUAUGUGGUAUCGGGGUGUCCAGCCGUGAGUGUUUGUUGUACCCAGACCACGCUCUAAAUGAGCCCGGUCCGUGCCCGGAGAACGUAUUAAGUGAUAUGGAGUAUGACGUCAUGGACUCUGUGCUUGAACAGGACGCCAGUGUGAAGAAACGAGUUGAGAACGACAUGGAUGAUCCAAGUCUUUCGUCUCUGGCAUCCAGUCCUCCUCCAUAUGGAAUUCCCGUGUCUCCAUUCCAGUUGAGCCGGUUUGUGGUCAGUCAAAACGGUAUGAUGACUUCCGAAAAAAGAACGAAGAUUGAUCUCCUGAAAAAGACUGACCGUUUCUUGCGUGAGUUGAAGAACUUGGAUAACAGACGGUGUCGUGAGACGCAUAAAAUAGCAUUGGUGUACGUGGCGCACGGUCAGGAGGAUAAGACGUCUAUAAUGUCCAACUGUGUGGGAAGUGUGGAGUUUGAGCACUUUGUAGCCGGUCUGGCCUGGGAGGUUGACUUGUCUAAGCACACGGGAUUUUUGGGUGGAUUGGAGAAGAAUCUUUCGACUGGCACAACAGCACCGUACUACUGCAACUCAACUACCGAAGUCAUGUUCCAUGUGUCUACUAGAAUGCCACUGGCGACUGAUAACACUGGAUUUAACCGAAAGGUUCGCCAUAUUGGAAAUGACGAGGUUCAUAUUGUUUGGUCAGAACAUUACCGUGAUUACAGACAUGGCAUCGUCAAUACUGACUUUGCGCAUGUCAUGAUUGUCAUUUAUCCAUUGAGGAACCAUUUGUUCAGAAUACAAAUCAUCAAGAAACCCAAGGUACCUAUGUUUGGACCGUUGUUCGACGGUGCUUUGGUGGACAGGAAAGUUUUACCAACCCUUGUGAGAGCGACCGCUAUCAACGCCAGCCGAGCAACUAGAGAACUUUUGCCUGUUUAUGAGAGAUACUUUGAAGAGCGAGCAGCAUGCAUUGAGCGAAUAGUUAAAAAUCACAAAGAACCCACAACUUACGAGGACUUUGCAUCUCUGGUGUUCUGUCCCGUCCCGAAACCCCCGGGAAGUGAGCCCCCCACUCCUACUUUAUCAGCGGGUGAACGACAUCUAAUCUUGCGGACGGAGACGGCACCUACUACGAGCAGUUUAUCCGACAGCGAGAAGACAUCCUUGCGAAAUCGAUCCAAAAGUGUUGUGACCUCUCCAAGAUUGUUCAACAACAAAUUAGUCGUGGAAGAGGAAUUCGCAUCGUUAACUUCGUCUCUCCCAGACGGUCUUGAUAACGUGACAGGUGGCCAGGCAGGUACUGACGGAACGAAUCCUCGGCAAGACAGAAAGAGACUAUCACUGCGAUGGAGAAAUAAACUGGCAAGUCAAAGUGCCACUGGAAACGCAGCUGAUAGCGAGUAAACUUGGUCAAAGAAAACCUAUUUUAUUGGACUGUAAUUUUGUGAUUUAAUUCUGGGAAAGUUAAUUAAGAAAUUUAAGAUAAGUUUCAUGAGGUUUCUGUGUUGGUACUCACUCAAAAAUGGCCACUAUUCAUCCGCCGUCAGUUAAAUUGGGUGUUAGAAACUAGACCGAAGAACAUUAAUUUUGAACUGUUCCAAGCAGCCUGUUUGUGGGGACAAGUGAGAAUCUGGGGCGAACGAAAGAAAUAUCGAAUGGGAACUUCUUCCCAGACCACUGACGAUUUUCGCUCGCUCGCUUUUCGUUCGUCUCUCCUGACCGAGACCCUGGAAUUGGUUAAAUGUUGUUGAGAUAUGGAGAUAAAAAGAAAUCACAUUAGGCCACGAAAAAGGCAAGAACGACUCACAGACUUGUGUACAUGAGAUCAUGCACUAUAUUCGCAUGUAGGUGUCCCUUUUUUUCAUUGUAACUGAACCCUCUCUAAGAGACAGAAUCCCAAGUGCAAUUCCAAAUUUUUCAUGUUUCUCCCUCGUACAAAUUAUACCGAAGGGUACUUUCAAUAUGGUUAGUCAUUGCAUAAUAAUGAAUUUGAAUGUGUGAUUGCCUGCACCGCAAAACACUCAAGUUUCAAUUAAGCCAGCACAACGUCAGUAUCUUAGCAACUGCUCACCUACCCCUCCCCUAACCCAACACUUACCCAAAAUUUGAAUCAGUUGACUGUUGUUGUAAUAGGGGAGGGGUUCGUGCGUAGUCGCUCAGAUGCUGACAUUGAUCCCGUUUUUCUCGUAAUUUUCUUAGCAAUCAUUAUUUGGCAAUUUUUUGGAAUAAUAUGUGUAAGAUUAUUUUUUAAACUUUCGUGUAUUAAGAGAAACCUGGAGACUGCUUUGUAAUAAUUAAGGUUACCAUAUAGUGUCUAUAUUUUAUAACAGAGAAUUGUACAUACAAAAUGAUUCAUUGAAAACAUUCUCAAGUUUCUCAGUAAAUUAUUGGACGAAUAACGCCUGCUCCUAAUGUAGCUGGAAUGGUUAAAAAUUCAUUAAAAAAGUGUUACGCACUUG